AUGGGGUUCUCAUCCUUUAACAUCACCCCAAUGGCCACCCUCGCGAUCCGGCGCGGCGCCGAGAACCAGCCCGCGAAGAAGGCGCGCGCCGAGAGCGGCGCCGGCGAGGGCUCCAGCGGCGGCCGCGAGCACCUCGCCUACACGUGUCUGCUGCGCAACGAGCUGCUCGGCGCGCAGAUCGACGAGAUGCGCGGCCCGCCGGCCGGCUGCGCGGACGGCAACAGGGCCGCGUUGGGCGCGGUGCAGCUGGCGUCCGCGGCGAUGGCCGCGCUGGCCUACUCGCCGCGCGUCUUCAAGUUCCGUGCGCCCGUGUACAGCGCCGAGAACAUAGACCCGUCGCCGUACAGCCUGUCGCCGGUGUCCGCCAAGUCGCAGAAGCUGCUCCGUUCGCCGCGCAAGGCGACCCGCAAGAUAUCGCGCAUCCCGUUCAAGGUGCUGGACGCGCCGGAGUUGCAGGACGACUUCUACCUGAAUCUGGUGGAUUGGUCCGCCCAGAACGUGCUCAGCGUCGGCCUCGGCAGCUGCGUAUACCUGUGGAGCGCCUGCACCAGCCAGGUGACUCGCCUAUGCGACCUCUCGUCGGAGGGAAAUGCCGUGACGUCGGUGGCGUGGAGCGAGCGCGGACAUCUAGUGGCCGUUGGCACACAGAAGGGACACAUCAGCGUUUGGGACGUCGCCGCCAACAAGGAGGUCACGAAGCUACAGGGCCACAUAGCGAGGGUGGGCGCGCUCGCGUGGAAUGGCGACAUGCUCAGUUCCGGCUCGAGGGAUCGUCACAUACGGCAGCGGGACACCAGAACGCCCGCGCAACAGUCUUCGCGGGUGUUACAAGGGCACAGGCAAGAGGUCUGCGGCCUGAAGUGGUCCCCCGACGGCCAGUCAUUGGCAUCGGGCGGCAACGACAACAAACUUUUCGUCUGGUCUAUGCACUCCACGUCGCCGGUGCAGACGUACUCGGCGCACGUGGCGGCCGUGAAGGCGAUCGCGUGGUCGCCCCACCAGCACGGGCUGCUGGCCUCGGGCGGCGGCACGGCCGACCGGUGCAUCCGCUUCUGGAACACGCUCACCUCGCAGCCGAUGCAGUGCGUCGACACGGGUUCGCAAGUUUGCAAUUUGGCCUGGUCGAAACAUUCGAGCGAGCUGGUAUCAACACACGGAUACUCACAGAAUCAAAUCCUCGUUUGGAAGUAUCCCUCGCUGACACAAGUAGCGAAGCUGACAGGUCAUUCGUACCGAGUGCUGUACCUUGCACUGUCUCCCGACGGCGAGGCGAUCGUGACUGGUGCCGGGGACGAAACGCUGCGUUUCUGGAACGUCUUCUCCAAAACGCCGUCCCACAAGGAGAACAAGAGCGUACUCAAUCUCUACACGGCGCUCAGA